AGCCCCCCGGGCGGCCCUUCCCGCCGGGCGCGGGGGGAAGGCGCUGCUGGGAGAGGCCGCCCUCUGCCCGCUCCCCAAACCCCCCGGAUUUGUGGCUUUUCCUUGUAUUUUUUUUUAGGGGGGAGGGAAGGGAAAGGCAGAUUGACUUGUGGGGGAGGAAAGGUUUGUCCCUGAGCAGCACUUGCUGGACUUUCGACCAAGACACUUAAAAAGCUGGGCGUUCCCCACCUUCAGAGGAGGCCAAAUUUGCCUGGCCAGGGAGGAGGAGGGAAGGCAGGAGCAGAGCCGCGCACGCACCGGCGUGCGGGAGCUGCCGAGCUGGUGCAGCAUGUGAUAAUAAAAGGGAGGACGGAAGCGAGCAGAGUUUAGGAGCAAGCAAUGAAACGUUAACUGCCUUCUAGCUUCAGAAAACCCUAUUUUGAUGAUUUAGUUACAUAUUUUGGGAGCUUUAAUUUCUGGGAGAGUCAGAGUUUUUAUUUUUAGUAUUUAAUGCAAAUGUAGGACAGCGCAGCUGUACAAUUUGGGAACUGAGAGUGGAGAAGCUGGAAGAGCUGCUAGCUGUGUGACAGACCAGCUUACCGCUCCAUCUCCAGGCCCAGCUUUCAGAGAAGGCUCUCUCCUGGGAGAUAAGACUAGUGUUAAGGAGCUGGUGGAGAGAAGACAAGCACUAAAAGUUGUAAUUGUGAGUAAAUCAUGAAGGAGAAGGUAUGGGCUGAAUUUUAAAGUAACCUAGUUCAGAUUACCUUCUCUUGGCUUUUAUAUUAAGGUUUCUAACUUAACCCAAUUCAGUUUCUGGAAAAAGGUGUUGUAUUAAGAAAGCAAACUUAGAUUUAAAAUAUUCUGAACAGCCUGCCCAUCUCCUUGGUUUGUGAGGGUGGCAUAAAGUGCUGCUGGUAAGAAAGAAACAGUCGAAUUCUUCAAAAAUGGUGUCUUUAAAAGAAAUGACCUAGAGAGUGCAAGAUUGGUUCUGGACCUUCCUCUUCCUCCUCCCCCAUGUCAAUAAAUUAUUUUAGGGUGAAGUAGGAAAAAAGAAGGUUUAGGCAUCAGAGUUGUUAGAAAAAAAUCUCUUGGGUGGCUUCUGGCAAGUCUACCAGCUUUAACAUUGAACUCUGAAUUUGGAAGUUAGGCUUCCCUGAUAUAAGAGCCAUAUGUGAAACUCUUUGUAGGAGCUUAAGCAGUUUUAUUGGGUAGUUUAUUUAAAAAGUCAAGGAAAAAAGGGGAUAGAAGACUUCUUAAGAAUUCUUGUUUGGCCACUGUGUUCAAAUUGCCGUACCGGAACGGAUAUAAACAAGACAAGAAGAGCUUCUCAGUAAGGGAAGGCUCAGGGAGAGCGCACGGUGGUGGUUGAAUAGCUCCAGCUCAGCACUGAUUGGAGUUCCCUCUCAAGAAAAGGGUUGCAGCGAUCAGAAGGGCCUUGCGCUUCGCAGGGAACUGCGCAGCACGUGCCAAGACCAGCAGCUGUGUAAGAUGGCCUCCUUCAAGCGGAGCCGAGCGCAAGCCUGGCCGGAGGAGAGGGGGGACCGUGAGCACGGACUCUACAGCUUGCAUCGUAUGUUUGAUAUUGUGGGCACCCACCUGACCCACCGAGACGUACGCGUGUUAUCCUUCCUCUUUGUGGAUGUGAUCGACGACUACGAGAGGGGGAUGAUCCGCAGUGGCCGGGACUUCUUGCUGGCACUGGAAAGACAGGGCCGCUGCGAUGAGACCAACUUCCGGCAGGUGCUCCAGUUGCUCCGGAUUAUCACUCGCCAUGACCUACUGCCCUAUGUCACCCUGAAGAGGAGACGGGCUGUGUGUCCAGAUCUCGUAGACAAGUACCUAGAAGAGACGUCUAUUCGUUACGUGACACCCCGAGCUCACAGCGACACAGAGCAUGGUCUCGGUCACCCCCACAAAUCAGUGCCUCCCCACCACCCCGUGGUCUGCUGUUCCUCUGCGGGACCUCAGAUAUGUACCAAGAGGCCUGGCCGUGGGAGAGCCCUUCUCAGCAGCCAGCGUAAGAGGAGGAAGUCAGUGACACCGGACCCUAAAGAGAAACAGACCUGUGAUAUCCGCCUGCGAGUCCGAGCCGAAUACUGCCAGCAUGAAACAGCGCUUCAAGGCAACGUCUUCUCCAACAAGCAGGACCCCUUGGAGCGCCAGUUUGAGCGCUUCAACCAGGCCAACACCAUCUUAAAAUCCCGGGACCUGGGCUCUAUCAUCUGUGACAUAAAGUUCUCAGAGCUCACCUACCUCGAUGCGUUCUGGCGCGACUACAUAAACGGCUCUUUGCUGGAGGCCCUCAAGGGCGUCUUCAUCACGGACUCGCUCAAGCAAGCCGUGGGCCAUGAAGCCAUCAAACUGCUGGUUAAUGUGGACGAGGAGGAUUACGAGGUCGGGCGCCAGAAACUCCUGAGGAACUUGAUGCUGCAAACAGCCCCCUGACGCCCUGCCGGGCUGCAGCCUGGCUGCUCUUUGGGAUCCAAGCUUUUCUCCACCUUCCCCUCCUCCUCUUUUUUUUUUUUUUUCUUUUUUAAAAGAAAAGGAAAAGAUCAUUUAACACCCCCCUCCCCAUACCUGGACUCCUGCGAAGUACUUUGUGACUCUAGGACCCGGUUAAAUGUGAGGAAGAGUGUCUUGCUGCCAUGGCCAUGGCUCUGCAGGGCCCGUGGGCUCGCGCCACUGUGAGGGGAGAUGGGGCACUGCUCCCCUCGGCACUGGGAGCUCAGCUGGAGCGGGAGGGCCUGCCUGGGAGUGGGAAGUGGCCAUGGGCACUGCUGGAGGCUUACGUGUUUUCUUGCCCUUCUUUCCUGUCUUGUCAUCUUCUCUCUUGCUUUGUUUCCUUUCUCUUUUAUUUUGUAUCCAUUAAAAAAAAAAAAAGGCAAAAAUCCUGUGUGGGGCCUGUCAGUGACAGGGGCUGGGCUGGUGCUGAGAGCAGCUGUGGAUGAUGGGAUGCUGGAGGUUUAUAACAGGUUUCUGCCAGGUUUGGGGCAGCCUGAGCAGGGCAGCUUUGCCCCAGCUCUGCUGCAGUGUCCGCUGCCUGCCCAGGCAUGGGGUGGGGGCUGCCUUGGUGCUGGGCGAUGCCCCUCCAGCAGUGUCUCACCCUUUUUUCUCUCUCGUUCCAUCCCACUGUUGCCUCUGUGGGUUUCUCAGGAGUAAAAUCAUCCUUUUGCUUUGGUCUGUGCCCUUGGGACCAGCCAGGCUGUGUUCCCUGCAGUGUCCCCCCAGACCAUGUGCCUUCGUGCCCCCCUCCUCUGCUGGGGGGUGAGGGGGCAGGGGAGGGGGAAGCAUCACCCUCUGGCUGUGUCUCUACCUGGCCCCCAGGUGUGAGGGUUGGCCCUGUGCUGCUUCCCUCCCCUCCCCUCUGCUGCUGCCUGGCUCUGCUUCCUCCCAGCCCUGGCUCCUGCUGGCAAACUGGGUCGAAGCGAGGUGGUGCUGGGGAAGGCCUGGCUGGCCCCUUGCUGGUGCAGUCAGCCGAGCCUCUGCCUCGCUAAUGGGGGCUGCACGUUUUGGGGGGCGGCAGCACAUGCUGCUCCUUGGUCCACAGCCACCUGGCUCCUCCCAGGUCUCCAGAGGACUGUCACCUCAGGCCACUGAAAUGGCUGCAAUGGGCCCUGUCCUAUUGCUCCCUGGCUGCUUGUGGUGGGUUCCUAGGGUGGUUUUUUUUUCCAACUUAGCUGGUUUUUGUGUUUCUUUUUUCCCCUGUUGCUGCUUGGCUGCAGGCUCUUUCCUCCUGCUCCUGCUCCAGUGUGUGCGUUGAGGGGUGAAGCAGGGGCAUGUGAGGGCUUGUGCUUUGGGAUGGGAGGACCACCAUGGGGCAGCCCCCCCAGGACUGCUGUGGUGUGCAUGUGGUUCCCCCUUCCUCCCCUGUGCGCACACACACCCCUCUGGUUACAGACAAUUCUGGCACAACUUGGUGUAAUUUCUGUGACUUCUGUAUUUUUUAAAAAGUCAAUAUAACAGUCAUAUUCCCUGUGUAGCUUCCAGUUUUCUUGAAAUAAACAUCUACUGCAGUG